AUGGGAAAUGAAACCUCCAAGAAAUCAAAAAAUGUAGAAGAUGAAGCGACAAAGACGAAAGAAGAGAAAAAAACGCCAGCAACUGGGCGAAAUAACAACACAACUGCCAAUAAAAGUAGAGAAAAUGAUGGACGCUGGAGAAAUGGUAGAACAGGCCAUGUUCCCAAACCCAUGACGGCGCUCUCUGAUAAAAGUGAGGCGGAACAUGUUCGUUACCAUGGGAAUUAUCAAAUUGGACAUUUACAGCGUACUGACCUCUAUCCAUUUUUCAAGUACCACCACAGGCCCCGCCGGGGCAGGGACCAUCGAUUUCAUGUAAAAACUGCAUCCACUGCUUCGGAGAUCAAUCCGAAUCAUGAAAUCGCUGACAAACCUGUAGGGGAAGCUGACGAGGCGGAGCUGAACGAUACCUCACUCACUGAAGCCGACAUCUACGAUCGAGCGAGAAAGGCACCAAUAACUUUAAACGACAGCUACAAGCAACUCAUCGACUACUUAUUGAAGGGUACCGAGUAUACAGAUCAGCCCGAUUUGACACAAACUCGUGCUGUCAUGCUGUGGAUGAGUAGACAGGAUGUGACGUCACCUUUGGCUGGCCCCGCAGACUACGAAACACCUGCGAAAGGAAUCGUAAAAUUAAGUAACGACACACAGUUUGAAUUUUCUCGCUUUUUGUCAAUUUUGUUUGAAAAGGCAGGCAUUAAAUCGAAGGAAAUAACAGGCAUAUUCAAAACAAUUAGCUACGAACCUGACAGUGGCAAUGAUUUGCCUGCUACUUCGUGGAAUGCUGUAUAUCUUGACGGUAAAUGGCAGUUGAUUAUGCCGUACUUUGUAUGCACACGACGUAAAAAAGAAUGGCUUACAUCAGAACUAACGACUAAAGACGGAGUAGAUGAUAAUGGUGAAGGACCAGUUUUUAACUAUUUUUACUUUUUGCUGAAUCCCAAGCAAAGUAUCUAUUGGUUUUACCCAGAUGAUCCAAAAUGGCAACUGCUUAAACGCCCUUUAGAGAAAGAGGAAUUCAUGAACCUUCCUCUCUUCAGAAGUGAAUUCUUUGAAUUAGGUUUAAAACUAGAGUCAGAAAAUGUGUACAAUUUGCAUUCUGUAGAUGGUAGAGUAAGAAUAGACAUUUCUUCCACGGAGGAACUUGCCGAUGAGAUCUAUCUUUGGUAUGAUAUUACAAUAGCAAAAAGCACUGGAAAGCACAAUCCAGACAGUCAAACGCUGAUAAUCCACGAAAACCUUCAGAAACUUGUAGCGAUGAUGAAGCAUAAAGAGAAAUGGAUGUUCCAGAUGACUCUACCUAUUGAGGGAGAAUAUAAGGUAACGAUAUACGCAAGUGUGAAUGGUGAUGACUUUGGACCAAUUGUCAAAUUCCGACUUCUCUGUGAAAAGCGAUUUGAUAAAUGUAGUAUGUUUCCUGAAGAUCCGAAAGAAGUUGGCUUCGGUCCCGGAUUGGCUGCUAAAGACGGGGGAUUACUAUUGCCAUCACGCUCAAACGGAUAUUACCCUGUCAGGGUAAACAGCAUUUUCACGAUAUCGUUUGUACUUGACAAAGAAACAGUAAAAAGCAUUGAGGUGACUUGUAAACUUGCUCAGACAAUCGAAACUGGGGUGAAGGAAUAUAACGAUGACACCAAGUGUGUUGUAGACCGGGAUAGGGGUUGUGUUGACAUUGAUGUGACAAUACCUGGCGAGGGUGUGUUCAUGUUGUCCAUCUGGACAACGCUUGACGAAGGCUUAUCCAACAAGAUAUCAAAGUUAGCCUGCUGUUAUAUACUAAUCUCCAAUCCAGAUAUACCACCUCCAGUACAGACCAGGAGACAAAGAGAGGCUCGAGAAAAUCUCCGACAGGCGUUGGAAGCUGGCACUCUGGAUGGAAUAGAAUCAGCCAUCACGAAAUGUGUAUAUCAUAGUAUAUCAGUGGAAGACGAGGAGGUGGAUAGCGCCAGCACCAGGGCCGAGAUACUGCGAUUAUCCAGAGGGGAGACAGAAUGGAAUCAAAUGGCCAAAGAUACACUUAAAGAGGCACUGAAGGCGACGUCUAACAUAAACGUAGCCAAAAAUGUUAUACUCUUUAUUGGUGACGGGAUGGGUGUGUCAACCGUGACCGCAGCCAGGAUAUACAAGGGCCAACGAAUGGGGAACCCCGGGGAGGAGACAGUCCUGUCGUUUGAGAAGUUUCCACAUGUUUCUCUUUCAAAGGUCUACUCUGUUGACCGACAAACGCCAGAUUCGGCAGCCACAGCUACAGCCCUUAUGUGUGGGAUAAAGACAAAUAACGGUGUGCUUGGUGUCAAGGAAACAGUUCUCAAAGAAGAUUGUGGAGCGGUCAACGGACAAGAAGUUACAUCAAUACUGAAACAUUUUAUAGCUGAUGGCAGAAGUACAGGGAUAGUGACUACGUCGAGGGUGACCCAUGCCACGCCCGCUGCAGCCUACGCACAUAGUGCCUCGCGAGACUGGGAGAGCGAUGCUCUUAUGAUGUCAGUGACAGGGGAUUGUAAGGAUAUAGCCUACCAAUUGGUAUACAACAAUGAUAUACAGGUUGUUUUGGGCGGAGGUAGGGGACCGUUUUUACCGGACACUACAGCUGACCCCGAGACAAAGACAGUUGGCUGGAUUCACAGAAAAGAUGGCCAUGAUUUGACAAAGAUUUGGAAGCAGAUACAGACAUCUAAGAAGCGACGCCAUAGCUAUGUGUGGAAAAAGGGUCAAUUUGAUUCCGUGGAUCCAACCGAGACAGAUUACCUCCUAGGUCUAUUUGAUGGAAGUCAUAUACCUUACGAAAACGACCGGGACAAGUCUGGAGACGGAGAUCCAUCACUCUCAGAAAUGACCAGCAAAGCUAUCCGUAUACUGCAGAAAAACGAAAAAGGUUACUUCUUAAUGGUAGAAGGUGCUCGAAUAGACCACGCCCAUCAUGAAAACAUGGCUAAGCGUUCUCUCACAGAGACGUUGAUGCUCGAGGAAGCUGUUAAUAAGGCUGUUGGUCUAACAUCUGAUGAAGACACGCUGAUCAUCGUCACAGCAGAUCAUUCUCAUCCAUUCAACAUUGCCGGUUAUUCUUACAGGGGAAAUGACAUCCUUGGUAUAACCAUUCCUUACUGGGAUGAGCCUCCCAGGGAUUAUCUCCCAUACACCUCUCUGGUGUAUGGUAACGGACCAGGACGACGCCCAUAUGAAGACCGGACAAACUACACAGGAGUCGACACUACUGCCGACAACUUUCAACAAGAAGCAGCAGUACCGCUUGGCUACGAAACACAUUCAGCAGAGGAUGUUGGGAUAUAUGCACGAGGUCCUAUGGCGCACCUCCUCCAUGGUGUCCAAGAACAGCAUUAUGUGGCGCACGUGAUGCAGUACGCCGCGUGUGUCGGUGAUUAUAAAGACGACUGUGAGCGCCCGUAUAUAAGCAAUUCCAAUGAAGGGUCCUUGGUGUCUUUAAAUAGUGUGUUGUUAAUUGUAUUAUGUAUAAUUAAACUCAUCGCUGUGUAA